CCCCCUGGCAGGAAACCAAGCCCCAUGUUGCUGCUGAAACUGUGGAGUGAAUAUUAACAUUUCUUCCUAACGAGAAAAAUCGGAAAGAGACCGAUCUUCUUUGAAAAAGUUUCGAGGAUGAAACAAUCCAAGGCACAGGUCGUCCUGGUGGUAGGAACUCUUGGUCUGCUGGUCCUCCAUCUCUUUAAAGAACACACUGAACAGAAAGACAGACAUUUUGACAUAAAAGUGAAAGAGGUGGACCACCAUGUAACGCAACCCAGCAGAAGGACCUCUUAUGAGUUCUCCUGGCCAAGAUGUCAACAAAAUAUGUCCGCAGCCAACGUCACAGGCUUCAGCUCGCUUCCCAAUAACAUAAAAGACUUUCUCUACUAUCGACACUGCCGCCACUUCCCCAUGUUGCUGGACGUCCCUGACAAAUGUGGAGGACCUGAUAAAUCCGGUGAAGUCUUCCUUUUGCUGGUCGUUAAAAGCUUGGCCAACAACUACGACCGGCGAGAGGUGCUGCGCAAAACUUGGGGUAAAGAGAGGAAGCACAAAGGCAUGUGGAUUCGAAGGGUAUUCAUCUCGGGAACGUCGGGUAAUGGUUUGGAGAAGGAAAGAUUGAACAUGCUGCUCAAAUAUGAGCAACGUGAGUACAACGACAUCAUCCAGUGGGACUUCAGUGACACAUUCUUCAACCUCACCUUGAAGCAGAUACUCUUCCUGGAGUGGAUGGAAAGAAACUGUCCAAACGCUCGCUUCCUCUUUAAUGGCGACGAUGACGUCUUUGCCCACACAGACAACAUGGUUGAGUACCUCAAAGGCCUCAAGGACAAUGAUGGAAGCAAGCACCUCUUUACUGGCCACUUGAUACAGAAUGUGGGGCCCAUCAGGUCACCAGGGAGCAAGUACUAUGUCCCCGUUCAGGUUCAGGAGUCAGAGUCGUACCCUCCUUACUGUGGUGGUGGGGGUUUCCUCCUGUCUGGCUAUUCAGCGUCGGUCAUAUACAACAUGUCUAAGACCAUUACAAUUCUUCCCAUAGAUGAUGUUUACAUGGGCAUGUGUCUGGCCAAAGCAGGACUCGGUCCUACUUCCCAUAUGGGGGUGAAGACCGCAGGGCUCUACGUUCCUGUCAAGUCGAUGGAUGGAUACGAUCCGUGCUUUUAUAAAGACGUUUUACUGGUACACAGGUUCCUUCUAGCUGAUUUGUAUCUCAUGUGGAACAGAGUCCAGGACCCCACUCUGAAAUGUCAUUCCUCCCCGCACAUUCUUUAAUGGCACCAAAUUAUAUCCUACAAGUGGUAACGGAGGUUGUUGAUGGUUUGUAUUUUGCACUAGCUCAGAUUUAUUUUUAGUUAAUUUUUUUCUACAAACCGAGUGGAUGAGCACACUUAGGCUAAAAUUAAGGUACGGGAAUACAUAUUUACCUCAUUCGUUGUUUCGGGUGACAGCUUUCACAGGAAAGUAGACACAUGCCUGAUAAAUAUCAUCAUACACAUUUUUUGUUUUAUUCAUACUAACCCACCAAACAGAAUUCAAACUUAUAUUUCUCUCUUGUUGACAAAAGUAAGGGCUGUUUUCUUAUUUGCUACUUCCUGACAUGCUGAAACAAAUAAUCUGGUCUGUAUUUCAUCAAGUGCUGCCCAAUCCUCUGCCAGAUUGUCUGAUGUUGCUUGCAUAGGUAAUAUACAGUUGGUUUGUUACAUGCUGAAACUGGGAACAGAGAGAGAGAGAGAUGAAGUCAGACCAGUCAGGCACCUCGCACCUUUCACGGAAUAAUUUCACUUCGACAAAACGGUUAAAAUCCUGUGCAUCACUGAGUCACGACAUAAAUGAUCUUUGCCACGCCUGUACUCAUAGGUACAGACAUCUUAUCUCUCUUAUGCAGAUUUAUCCACGGUUCUGGGAACCAAGCCUCUGAGAACAGGCAAGAAAGAAUGUUGCUCGUUUAAGAUUCUCACAAGAAUCCAGCUACCCCACAACUCAAGUUAUGAAUGAAUGUUAAAAGAUGCUAAACAACACUAAAGCCUGGGUUAUUACAGGUAAACUCCACUUGUCUAUGCUUAGAAACUGUUACUAGUCUCGGCAGUACAGAUUACAGUUGCACAUGUAACUUAUCCAAACUCCAAUUCCAUGGAUCAUAAUCAGAGUGAGAAUUAUUUUAUUGAUCCCAAUGGGAAAUUACUUCUGACAAAAGACACCAGCAGAGUGACACGCUCAAAUAGCUCAACAGAUGUCGAAGGAACUUCUGUGACAUCAAGCUUCCGUAAAUAAAGAUAACUUAUUAAGAGACAAUUCAAUGAUUAAACCAUCUGCUAAGUUAGAUACCACUGGAGUUUUUUUUUUUUUUCGAUUAAUAAGACCUUGGCUCAAGGUCACAGUCCAGCAUAUUGUAACAUGUCAUGAAACUCCAUGACUGUGUGAUUGUUGUAGAUGAGAAAGAGUGUAUUUACUGAGUUACACAUUGAUCAUGUUAACAUUGAUUUGGGGGCUGUGGUUUUGAUAUCAAGUAGUUAUGUAACUUAUCACGCAAUGCUUGUUGAAACUUCCUGCACACUAUCCAGGUCUAACUUAAAGAGUCUUUUCUCAGGGUUUCUUAAGACUUAAGAAGUAUAAUAAUUUAAUCCUCUGUUUAGGGUCAUUUAUGUUGCACGUUUUAUGUUUCACUAAAGCCUGUUUUUUUUUGUGUAAUAGACAGGGAUCAAUGUGUUUGGGUGUCAUAUGUGUACUAAGAAAGAAAGAUACUGUAAGUGGUUUCCAUGAAAUAAUGUGGCAUUACUUAUUGACUGCCAUGUUUUGUAAGGGUGUUUAAUUGCUGCUGUUUUUUUUUUUUUUUUACUUUAAUGUUGUUAGGAAGAGGGUAUAUAGUGUAUAUAGUGUGUCAUUUUAUAAUUAAACCGCUAUGGAAUUAAAUUAAAUAACAUUUAAUUAUGUAUAAUAAAUUUUGGUACAUUGUG